AUGCCGGACCAAAAACGAAUCUACUUCAUAGGCUCAAACAUCAGCCACGCCAUCACAAACACAAUCCACAACGACGUCGCAGCUACGAUCGGCUACACAAACUGGCGUCUUGAAGCAAUCGACAUCCCCGAUGUCACCCACGAUGAUACUCUCAUAAAGGGAAAACUGCAUGGACCAAAAUUUGCCGGCGCGGUGAUUACUAUGCCGCACAAAUUGGCUAUUAUUCGUUAUUUGGAUGAUGUUGAUGAGAUUGUUUCCUUGGUUGGGGCUUGUAAUAAUAUCUAUCCCGUCAUUGCAGGCACAGAGAGCAAAUUGAUAGGGACGAAUACGGAUUGGAUCGGGAUUAGAGAAUGUCUUUUACGACUUGAUCGUGAAUCCCGGCCAAAUAAUGCAAUCAACGACGAGGAAACAAAAUCGGGUUUUAUUGUCGGUGCAGGCGGGGCCUCUCGAGCAGCCAUUUAUGCGCUUACGAGACAUUUGAGCGUCGCGAGGAUAUACAUCGUCAAUCGUGAUAUUGACGAAGUGCAGACGCUGGUAAACGAUAUCAAGACCCGGUAUCAGAGUAGGAGGACGCCCAUACCGGAAAUUAUUCAUCUACAAACGCCGGAACAAGCGAGAAAUAUCAACCAUUUUCCGUAUUAUGGCAUAGGCACAGUUCCGGAUUAUCCACCCACGACAGAUGAAGAGAUCACGGCGCGAGAUACGUUACAUUCCCUGCUCGCUCGGGGAAAUAGCGAGGGUGGAAGGAGGGCUGUAUUUCUAGAUAUGUGCUACAAACCCCGUCAGACGAGGAAUCUUGUUGCAGCCAAAAUGUAUGGGUGGGUGACGGGGGAGGGAGUGGAUGUUGUUACGUAUCAGUUGAAGGAGCAGUGGAGGCUUUGGGCGGGGGAGGAGGAGAUGGCGAGACGAGCGAGACAGAUUGCAGACCUGUUAUGA